AUUUCAGAGAUGGCAGAAGGGAAACCAAUGAAGGUUGGUUCCCGUGUGGAAAUUACUGGAAAGGGUAUAUUGGGAACAGUAGCGUACAUUGGACAGACAUUAUUUUCUGCAGGAAAAUGGAUUGGUGUAGUUUUGGAUGACCCAAAAGGUAAAAAUAAUGGAACUGUUCAAGGCAAGACAUAUUUUUCCUGUCCUGAUAAUUAUGGUAUAUUUGUUAGACAAUCUCAGGUAAUUAUCUUUUCUAUUCAACUUCAUUUCAUUGACUCUGAAAAUAUAAAGUAUUUAUUUAUUUAUUAUUUAGAUCUGGGGUAG